UACCCUUACCAGUACCAGUAAUUAACCUGGUCAGGUGUGGCUUUUCAGGUAUUGCGAUACCAAACGGUUUUCAGCCACAUUCACUGUGGUAGUUUUUGCAUGUACUGCAGAGCCUUUUUUGUUUGUUGUUUUUUUGUUGUUGUUUUUACGCAUCAUUAUACAUUGCCAUAGGUGCUGUAUAGAAUUUUUCCUUCAUUAAUGAAUUCAAACACGUUUUGCCACAAAAGCACCGAUCCUUAUUUAUUCGAUUUGCACGGGAGCAAGUUGGACUGCCUUAUUUACCUUGGAGAACAAAAGUGAGUUGGGUCACACCUCCUCACAUGCCUCUAUAUUUGUGAAAAACUUGAAUGAAAGCAGACGGACAACAUUUUGGUGCCAAGAAGAGAGAUUGGUCCAAAUGGAGGACAUGCAAUUGAACACGCUGAACGACAGGACCAAUGCAGAGGCUGCGCCCAAAGGCCGGCAGAGAGAGCAGUGGUCCAGGAAAGCGGAAUUCAUCUUGGCUACAGCAGGAGGUAUCAUUGGCCUGGGAAAUAUCUGGAGAUUCCCAUACCUUUGUUACAAAAAUGGCGGAGGAGUCUUCUUCAUACCCUAUUUGUUGUUCUUCUGCACCUUCGGUGUGCCGCUCUUCUUCCUGGAGACAUCGUUGGGCCAGUACACCAGGCAGGGCGGAAUAAGAUGCUGGAGAGCAAUCUGUCCUCUUUUUGAAGGCGUAGGAUAUGGAAGCCAGCUGGUUCUUUUCUACCUGGCGUUUUAUUAUGUCAUCAUAUUGGCUUGGGCCUUCCGCUACUUGUUCGCAUCCUUCUCAUCUGAGCUGCCCUGGGCCAGCUGUCUCAACAGUUGGAACACAGGUACCGAGAACCGGUUUUUGCCAAUACUGAUCCAUUGCCCUCAUUUGACUUUCUUAUUCGUUCACUUCGCAAAUAAAGACACAUGUUCUGAGUACAGACCCAAUCACACACUGCAAGAGUUUGAAAAUGGCACAUCUUCGGUUGUGGAGUAUUGGGAGAGGAGAAUUUUGGGACUAUCAAGUGGAAUUGAACAUGUGGGAAACGUUCGAUGGGAGUUGGCCCUUUGUCUUCUUCUUGCCUGGCUAUUGUGUGUCCUCUGUAUUUGGAAUGGAGUGAAGACCACUGGGAAGGUGGUCUACUUCACUGCCACAUUUCCAUAUGUCAUGCUGCUGGUGUUGCUUGUUCGUGGACUGACAUUGCCCGGUGCCAAAGAAGGAAUCAAGUUCUACCUCUACCCAGAUGUAUCCCGGCUCAGCGAUCCAAUGGUUUGGCUGGACGCCAGCAGUCAGAUCCUGUUCUCCCAUGGAAUCACGCUUGGGAUUCUGACAACUUUAAGUAGCUACAACAAGUCCACCAAUAACUGUUACAGGGACUGUAUUUAUUUGUGCCUGCUGAAUGGGUCGACCAGCCUUGUGGCCGGCUUUGCUGUUUUUUCUGUCCUUGGCUUUAUGGCCAAGGAGCACGGCGUGGACAUAUCCAUGGUGGCUGAAUCAGGUCCGGGUCUGGCAUUCAUCGCUUACCCUCGUGCUGUGGCUUUGAUGCCUUUUCCUCAACUUUGGGCCAUUUGCUUUUUUUCCAUGAUCAUCUCUUUAGGAAUCGAUUCUGCGUUUGUCAAUGUAGAGGCACUGAUCACAAACAUAGUUGACACGUACCCUUCAAUCUUUGAAAAUAAACGUCGACGUAAACUCCUCCUUCUUGCGAUCGGUGUUGCAAACUUCCUUGGUGGUCUUCUCAUGGUUACAGAGGGAGGCCUGUAUGUUUUCCAGCUGUUUGACUAUUACUCCUGCAAUGGGAUGACUCUUCUCUUUUUUGCCAUUCUCGAGUCGGUCUGCAUCGGAUGGAUUUAUGGGGCAGAUCGUCUGUAUGAUAACGUAAAGGACAUGAUUGGCUAUCGUCCAUGGCCUUUGAUGAAAUAUUGCUGGAAGUACUUGGCACCGGUUAUUUGCACUUGCACUUUGGUAUUUGCUCUGGUGAGAUACACACCGCUUAAAUUCAACAACACUUACGAAUACCCGUGGUGGGGCUCCGCCAUUGGGGGAUUCCUCUCUCUGUCGACACCCGUCACGGUGCUGUUGAGGAUGCUCUAUGCUGUCAGCGUCACUCCUGGAAAUCUGAGACAGAGACUGAAAAUUCUGUGCACACCAGCAAAAGAACUUCUUCCUGCAUCGAGGAACGCAUUAAAUCAAGAAGAGGACUUUCAGACGUUUUUGCACGCCGGAUGAAAGGAAAUCAUCUCAUCACGGACAGAGCCAGAGCUCAGAGACGAUGUCAAACUUCAGUGCUAUUAGGACCCUUUGCUAAUUAACAUGGAGCUCCAAUUUGACUACUUUUCCAACAGGAAAUUCCCAUCCAUUUUCAAUACAGUACCGCUUAUCUUUACUAGGUCAGGACGGUAAAUUUAUGCAUGUGUGCCUGAAAAAAAAGUGAAUAUUAUUAUUAUUUAUUUUGUUUAAAUCUGAUUUACAAAUGUCAAGUCAUUACAGUGACUGUAGCUACUGGCCUAUAGUUGCAUUUAGGUCCAUGUUGGAAUUUUUCAUCUAUACACCCAUGUAUUUUCUAUAGAGCUUG